GCGCGCGCCGGCCGGUGACGUCACUUCCGCCCGCCAUUUGACUUGUCGGGGCGGCACCAUGACGGACCGCUACACCAUCCACAGCCAGCUGGAGCACCUCCAGUCCAAGUACAUCGGGACGGGCCACGCCGACACCACCAAGUGGGAGUGGCUGGUGAACCAGCACCGCGACUCGUACUGCUCCUACAUGGGCCACUUCGACUUGCUCAACUACUUCGCCAUCGCCGAGAAUGAGAGCAAGGCGCGCGUCCGCUUCAACCUCAUGGAGAAGAUGCUGCAGCCCUGCGGGCCGCCCGCCGAUAAGCCCGACGAGUCCUAACCUUGCGACCUGCCCGCCGGCACCGGCUUUGUUGUGACUCCGCACGCCGAGGGGAGAUGAAGGGAGUCGCCCCGUCCUCGUGUCCCGCGUCCUGUGUUCGGCGAAGGGUGUUGGAAGGAGAAGGAAGCUCUGUAAAACGCCCGCUCUUGGACACUUUGGUUUCUCUUAGUUGCACAGCUGUUUGCCCUUUGUUUUUUUAAUGGGAAAUAAAAUCUACUGGGCAUUUCUAA